ACACAUAUAUGAAUUCAAUUUUCAUUUUAAUUUUUUUCCUUCAUUCUUCUUUUGUCUCUGCAAACAAUGCCGGACCUCGGAAACCUCUCUCUCUCAGCUUCUCUAACCCUCACGACCUCCCCUAACUUCAAAUUGCUCACUGAUUCACCCGAACAGAGCUUGGUCAAAAACCUAGGCCUUGACUGCGAUUGGGACCAGAGGUUGAGGUUCGCCACUCUGCACAAUGCCGAGGUCAGCACUGGCGCUGCAAUCAGGGUUUUCCGGCGGAGCCGGGCAUUGGUGGACAGAUCAAAGAAGAUCUCCAGCGGCAAGAGUUUGGAGGACAAUGUGCGCGAAUGGGUUUCCAAAGAAAUUGGUAACUUUACUUUUCUGUACUCUUUUCUUUCUUUUUUUACUUGUUCUUCUUUACUUUUGGUUUCAUUUCAGGUUGAAUGUCUUGUUUGCCAUUAUUAUGUCUACCCUGGGGAGGAGGUCGUAUGCUCUGUUCGUGGUUGUCAAGGAGUGUAUCAUGGGAAAUGUGUGAAGGAAAGGCUUCGAAUCUCUAAUAUGAAAAAGUUCAAGUGUCAGCAACAUGCAUGCUUCAUUUGCAGACAGAGGGUAGAUUGGCGGUGUAUGCGAUGCCCUAUAGCGUCACAUGAUAAAUGUGCAGCUUGGCCGGAUGAAGUGAUUUACUUGAAAGACCGGCCAGGGAAGGCUGUUUGUUGGAGGCAUCCUACAGAUUGGCGGCAAGAUAGGAAGCAUGUGGUUUCGACAAGCAGUAUAGAGGAGGUAUUCUGUCGCUUGCCUCUGCCUUACACUGAUGAGGAGUUCAAGAUUGACUUGACUUGGAAAGAUACGGAUAUUAAAUUAGAGCCACCUCCAUAUGUGCACAUCAGGCGUAAUAUUUACCUAGUCAAGAAGAAGCGUGAUGGCAGUGAUGAUGAUGUUGGAUGCACAUGUCGCACUUCCACAUGCUCUGAGGAUUGUGUUUGCAGAGGUCAAUGCAUAAGCUGCUCAAAGGCUUGCCAUUGCUCAGAAAAUUGCUCAAACCGACCGUUUCGCAAGGAGAAGAAGAUCAAAAUCGUAAAGACUGAACACUGCGGUUGGGGAGCAGAGGCAGCUGAAUCUAUUAAGAAAGGCGAUUUUAUAAUUGAGUACAUUGGGGAAGUUAUUGAUGAUGCUUUGUGCGAACGAAGGCUUUGGGACAUGAAGUACAAAGAGGUGCAGAAUUUCUAUAUGUGUGAAAUUCGAAAAGACUUUACAAUUGAUGCAACUUUCAAAGGAAAUCCAUCUCGAUUUUUGAACCACAGCUGUGAUCCCAACUGUGUCCUUGAAAAGUGGCAAGUUGAGGGUGAAACACGGGUGGGUGUGUUUGCUGCAAGAUCAAUAGAAGUUGGAGAGGCAUUAACAUAUGAUUACAGAUUUGUGCAAUUUGGACCCGAGGUGAAGUGCCAUUGUGGUGCUCCAAAUUGUCAAGGCUACCUUGGAAGCAAGAGAAAGAUUAAUAAGGUGGAACUUUGCUGGGGUUCAAAACGCAAAAGAACAUCAACUGCUUGCAUAGCUAUCAUUACUCAAUGAUUUCUCUCACAUAGAGGUAUUUUGUUGUAUCUCCAUCUGAUGUUGUGGAUUGCCCAUAUCAAGAAAUGUGGGCAAAUAGAAGGAAAAGAAAAAUUCAAAAAAGAAAAACUCAAAAAGCACAGAUUACAUAAUCACACCUUGUUAUUGUUUGGAUACAAUCUAAGGAACAUUUUGUAUUGUAAGAUUGUAACGUUCAAUCCUCUGCAGCAUUUAUAUUGGCCGUUAAACAGUGCAUUAGUAAAGCCUGUAAUUGAUUUGCCCAUGUGGGGAUAUGUAGUUACAUUUGAUCAAAAUAAGAG